AAUACCUUUAUUGAACUAUCUUGGUCGAUAUACUCUUCCCUGUAUCACCAGCUGACUUAAUUGCUAUCGAAAUCGAUUAAACUUGUUAUCACAAAAAAUAAAACUAUUUGAGGUUUGGAUUUUGACUUGUAUUUAUUUUUCCCGGAACCACAACAAUUACGUAGUAAAUAAAUAACAGCAUGCCUGAAAUACAAGAACUCACCAAUAGCGAUGAUGAAUACCAAGAUGCUGUCAGUAGUGAUAAUGACGCAACGGCACAAAAAUCAUCUUCGGUGGAUGCCAACUCCAAUGCGUCCAUUGUAGAUGAAAUAAUCAAACAGCAGAAUGAUUUGCAUCUAUAUGAGGAAUGUGACGAUAGCACACAAGCAUCUACAAGUGGUGCGGCAGAUGGCGGGGACGAAAAUGUCCCAGAAUAUGCCCAUGAUGACAUCGAUGAGGAGGCUAUGAAGGAAAAAGAAAAGUCUAUGACUCAUGAGGAACUUGAAGCAAAUAAGGAAAAAGCCCAGCAAAUGAAGUUGAAGGCGAAUGAACUAUUCAAAAAUAAUGAAGCAGAGCAAGCCAUUGACAUCUAUACAGAGGCUUUGGGAAUUUGCCCCACGACAUACACUAAGGAUAGAGCAGUGUUGUAUGGUAAUAGAGCGGCUGCAAAGAUAAAGAUUGAAAACAAAAAGCCCGCCAUAGAGGAUUGUACGAAAGCCAUCGAACUUUGGCCCGAGUAUGUGCGAGCACUACUAAGACGUGCCAAACUUUACGAACAUGAGGAUAAAUUGGACGAAGCAUUGGCGGAUUACAAACGGGUGUACGAACUGGAUCCAGGGCAAAAUGAGGCUCGCGAGGCAAUGCUUCGUCUACCACCCAUUGUUGAAGAACGUAACGAACGCCUAAAAGCUGAAAUGAUGGAUAAACUUAAAGAUAUAGGCAAUAUGAUUUUAAAGCCAUUCGGUCUUUCCACUUCCAAUUUUCAAAUGCAAAAAGAUCCAAACACUGGCUCCUAUUCAAUAAACUUCAAUCAAAAUGCAAGCUAGAAAUUAAUAGUAAUUCUAUCCUAAAUCGAUUUAUUUGUAAUGUGUAACUAUUUAUGUUAAACUUAACCCACAGCUAAGCUAGUGAUCUGAUUCCAAAUAACAAAAAUAAAUUUUGUUCAUUUAUAGAA